UUGGCUGCCACAAAAUAGAUGUGAUCACUCGCGUUUCCACGUAUACGGAUAAAGUCUGACUGCCACGUCAUCAAAAACCGCUUUCUAGUUUCUCCAGUUUUCUUCUUCCUCACAUUUUCUCUUCCUUUCCCACUGUUUCUCUAUAAAUUUUCCCGCGACCCAAACACUACAUUUUUUCCCGCUGAAUUUCCUUAGUUCUUCUUCUAUUUUCUUUUUGUAAAGUUUAUGGCAGUAAAGUUGCAGCAUCAUACCUUUACACCUUCAAGUUCUUCGAAUCUACGCCUGUCACGAAAUUAUUCAAUUGGACAACAUGCUUCCUUCAGAAGAGUUGCUCACGUGGACUACAUAUUGAGUAGCUGGGGUAAUUCAAAGAAAAAAUGCAGUAUGAGACGUCCUUCGUUGGGGAAUGGGAACCAUCAAUUGGCAGUAUAUAGGAUAUUGCAAUCAACAUAUCAUAAAACAGGAAGGGUAGCGCAUCUGAGUCCCUUUGCAACUGCAGAUGAUGGUUUAACUGUCAAUGGAAGUCCACCAGCAAGUACUGGUUCUGAUGUAGAUGAAAUGAGAGUCAAACUCAAUCAAUCACUGCAAGAUGGAGAUUAUGGUGAUAGACUUGUUCAAUCUUUACAUGAUGCAGCCAGGGGUUUUGAGUUGGCAAUUAAAGAACAGGGCUCUCUUUCAAAGUUAUCCUGGUUCUCAACAGCCUGGCUUGGUAUAGACAGGAAUGCAUGGGUGAAAACACUGUCUUAUCAGGCUUCUGUGUAUUCCCUAUUGCAAGCAGCAUGUGAGAUUUCAUCUCGGGGUGAAGGAAGAGAUAGGGAUGUAAAUAUUUUUGUCCAGAAGAGUUUAUUGCGACAAUCUGCCCCUUUGGAGAGUUUAAUCAGGGAGAAACUAUCUGCCAAGCAUCCUGAGGCUUAUGAAUGGUUUUGCUCUGAGCAAGUUCCAGCUGUGGUGACAUCAUUUAUUAAUUACUUUGAGGGGGAUUUACGCUUUACUGCUGCCACUGCCAUGUACCGUGAAGGCAUGUCCUUGGACUCGGGCAAUGGAUGUGAUAUUGCAUUACUGUUGCUCGCACUGAGUUGCAUUGCUGCAAUCACAAAACUUGGUCCGACAAAGGUUUCUUGCCCGCAAUUCUUUUCAAUGAUCUCAGAUAAUACUGGCAGAUUGAUGGAGAUGCUGGUUGAUUUCGUUCCAGUGGGCCAAGCUUAUCAUUAUAUAAAGGAUAUUGGUCUACGCAGAGAGUUUCUUGUCCAUUUUGGUCCCCGAGCUGCUGCAUUCGGAGUGAAAGAUGAUUGUAGUUCAGAAGAGGUUGUUUUCUGGGUUAAUCUUAUACAGAAGCAACUGCAGCAGGCUAUAGAUAGAGAGAGAAUAUGGUCAAGGUUAACAACAUCUGAAAGCAUUGAGGUUUUGGAGAAGGAUUUGGCUAUAUUUGGUUUCUUUAUUGCCUUAGGAAGAAGUACACAAUCCUAUCUAUCUGCAAAUGGAUUUAAUGUUAUUGACGAUCCAAUUGAAGCCUUCAUUAGGUACCUUAUCGGGGGUAGUGUAUUAUACUAUCCUCAACUUUCAUCAAUAAGUUCUUAUCAAUUGUAUGUUGAGGUAGUCUGUGAAGAGCUGGACUGGCUUCCUUUCUACCCAGGCGAUAUUAGCACUCAAAAACAGUCUCAUGGCCAUGGAAAUAAACGUGAAGGUGCUCCAAAUGCUGAAGCUAUCCCUCACAUAUUAAAUGUCUGCUCCUUUUGGAUGCAGAGCUUUAUUAAAUACAGUAAAUGGCUGGAAAAUCAUUCUAAUGUUAAGGCAGCGAGGUUCCUGUCAAGGGGGCACAAAAAAUUGACAGAGUGCAUGGAGGAACUGGGGAUAUCACGGAAAAUUACAACUCAGGCAACUGGAUCUGGAAUUUGUUCACCGCUCGACAAAGAGAUGGAUUCUUUUGACAAGGCAUUGGAAAGUGUUGAAGGAGCUCUGCUGAGACUAGAGAAAUUGCUGCAAGAGUUGCAUGUCUCAAGCUCUAAUUCUGGAAAAGAGCAAUUAAAAGCAGCUUGUUCUGAUCUUGAAAGAAUAAGGAAACUUAAAAAAGAAGCUGAAUUUCUGGAGGCAUCUUUCAGAGCAAAAGCAGCUUCCCUUCAGCAGGGUGAUGAUGAAAGUGAUUCUCAGCCUUCUGUUAGCAAGCAGCAAGUGCAUUUAAAAGGGAAGAGGAGAAAGAAUGCUGAUAUAAGACUAGAGAAGAACAACAGUAAAUCUCAAGGACUAUGGAACUCCUUUGUGCGCUUUCCAACUAAGAAGCCUGAUCCUGACAUAGCAGUGAGAGAUGGAUCUGGAGAUGAACAUAGUGGACAAACUAUUGUGACUGUAGAUGUUGCAGAGUCAGAAUCAAAUGAGAUUCUCCGUUUCGAACUUCUAAGGAAGGAGCUAAUGGAACUAGAAAAACGUGUGCAAAGAAGUACUGAUCAAUCAGAAAAUGAAGAGGUUUCUAAGGAAGCUGAUGAAGUUAUUGAUAACUCUGAUGAGGCUGGAGGUGCUCAAUUGGUCCACAUUCAAAAGAAAGAAAAUAUAAUUGAAAAGUCUUUGGACAAGUUGAAGGAAACUAGCACGGAUGUAUUCCAAGGAACUCAGCUUCUAGCAAUUGAUGUUGGUGCUGCACUAGGGUUGCUUAGGAGAGCCUUAAUUGGAGAUGAGUUAACGGAGAAAGAGAAAAAGGCUCUUAAGAGAACACUGACUGACUUGGCAUCAGUUGUUCCUAUUGGGGUUUUAAUGCUUCUUCCUGUUACUGCAGUUGGGCAUGCUGCAAUGUUGGCUGCUAUUCAGCGCUAUGUGCCAGCUUUGAUACCUUCCACUUAUGGACCAGAAAGGUUGGAGCUUCUGAGGCAGCUUGAGAAAGUGAAGGAAAUGGAAACCAGUGAAGCUGAUGCCAGUGAAGAUGAGGAAUUAGCCUAGUUAGAAGGAGCCCAGAUUAUAUACAACUCCAAAAAAUAUGACUGACUUUCAAGUCCUCACUAUUCUGACAAGGCACCAGUGGCUGCAGUCUUGUGGAGCAGGAACUGGAGUGCCUGGCUCGCGAUGGACUGAAGGGUGACCAUCGAACCUGAACCGUGUCAGAUGUGUGAUAUUUAAGUACUGAAUAUUCUUUAUUCUGUAUUCCAAUUCCAUCUGUUUUAUUAUGUUGGAAAUCAAUUGAUUAUUCACUGGCUCAGGUUCCAGAUUCAUGUAA